AUGGGAGGUUUUGGUGCGGGUGGUUUUGGUGUCAGUGAUUCUAAUAUGGGUGAUUUUGGUAUGGGUAAUGGUAUGGAUGAUAUUGUUGGUGAUUCUAAUGUAGUUGUUACUAUGAGUGAUAAUAUGGGUAUUGUAGGAGGUGAUAUGGGAGCUAAUGUACGAGAUGAUGUGGGAGCUAAUAUGAGCGAUGAUGAUAACGAUGAUGAUGAUGUGGGAAAUAAUAUUAGUGCUGAUGUGGAAUCUAAUAUGGAUGGUGAAAAGGAUAUUGAUAAUAAUUAUAUUUCUUCAGAUGAGGAAGGAUUGGAAUUUAUUAAUGUAGAUGAAAAUGACUGGAUUGGUAGCUUACAAGCUGAUAUGGAAGCUAGUAUAGAUGAUGCAUCUAGUUUUGAGAAUGAUUUGAGUAAUAAUAGUGAUGAAGAUGACAUCGAUAUUGAAAAAGGUGAAGACUCUAAAAGUAGUGAUGAGGGUGAUGAGGGUAAUGAUGAUGUAAUGCGAUCUAGACUAUACCGAAUGAUCCAUUAG